UAAUCUUUUCCGCUAAUAAAAACCUUUUCACAAGUCCCAAACAUUCCCACACUCAUUGCCAAAAAUCUUUCACAAUUCUCCCUCUCAAUUUUUCUUUUAUUACAUUUUCACUGUCUUAUUUUUAGUUAAAAAAGCAAGAAAGUAGUUUUUUUUUUUUUUUUGGGGGGUUGUGGAACAACCAAUGAAGUUUGGGAAGCGACUGAAGCAUCAAAUUCAGGAGACAUUACCGGGUUGGCGGGACAAGUUCUUGUCGUACAAGGACUUGAAGAAGCUGGUGAAGCUGAUUUCUUCUGCUCCGACGCUGUUGAACGGAUCGUCGGAGUAUGGGAAGGCGGAGGAGGAGUUUGUAUACUUGUUGAACAAUGAGAUCGACAAGUUUAAUGCCUUCUUCAUGGAGCAGGAAGAGGAUUUCAUUAUCCGUCAUAAGGAAUUACAACAAAGGAUCCAAAGAGUCAUAGAUAAGUGGGGUCCGGACGGAAGUCAUCCUUCAGCGGCUCUCUAUAAAGAAGAAAUGGUGAAAAUCAGAAAAGACAUUAUUGAUUUCCACGGUGAAAUGGUUCUCUUAGUGAACUACAGCAAUAUCAAUUACACAGGAUUGGCAAAAAUUUUGAAGAAGUAUGACAAGAGAACAGGAGGGCUCUUACGGUUGCCAUUCAUUCAGAAGGUACUGGAGCAACCCUUUUUCACUACCGAUCUGAUAUCGAAGCUGGUGAAGGAAUGUGAAAUGACAAUAGAUGCAGUGUUCCCCGUCGACAAGGAAGAAAAGAAAGAGAAAGAGAAAAGAAAAGAAGCAAUAACAGUGGCAGGGGAAGGAAUAUUUAGGAACACAGUUGCAGCUCUAAUGACCAUGCAAGAGAUAAGAAGAGGAAGCUCCACUUACAGUCAAUUUUCUCUGCCUCCUCUCGUAUUGCCAGAUUCUGAUCUCAUCCACGCCUUCCAACUCAACACUUUCAUACCAAUUAUCUAGAUUUUAUUAUUCAACUAAGCAAAAAACACUACCACACGAUUGCAAUAGCAUAAUUGGAAUUUUAUACCUUUUGAAUAUGUUUUGGGGGAUAUGUGCCACUCUCCCCUGCUGGUUAUUGUAUCUGCUUGCUCUGCUUUGGUUGUAAGCAGUUUACCUAAUUUUAUUCACAUCUGUAAUUUUUUUUUUUUUUUUUGGUUUUCUUUUAGGGGUUGUGUUACAUAGCUUAGUAUUCACAAAUUAAUGGAGACUAUUGUUGUAGAAAUUCAAAAUAACUAUCGUAUUUGGAAAAUAACCAUUUAAAUU